AUGGCCAAAGUGAAAGGCAGCUUAGCCCUCUCAAGCAGCGAGAGGUCCUGGAAAGCAGAGGCGCGGUUGUCAGUGCCUCCAGCACAAGCAGAAAUAGCCCGCUGGAUCCCUUUGGCGCCAGCUGGCGUGCUUGCAAGAUGGCGAACGGAGAACAUGAUUCUUGUACAAGGCUUUCUACUCUUCUUGGACUUCAAUAGUCCACUUCAAGUGUUGCAUGCGUUGAGUUUGUCGUCCAUCAUCUCAGUGAAUAUUGACGAUGGCCAGGCUCUGGUCCCGUGCCUUUCCAUCAAGUUCAUUAUUGGUGGGCGACAAGAGGUGAUCCGCUUGCGCUUCAGUGAUCCACCGACGGCCAGGAGUUGGCUGAGAAGGUUUGAGGUGGCCAAAGAUACAACAAAGUUCACGCAGACCUACUUGCCUUUGGCGUCGCUCUCGCAGACUUUGGAGGCAUGGCAGCUUUGCUCGGCUUCGACCUGUGCGAUAGCUGAUUCCCAGAGGCAGCAAGACUGGAAAGCGCUGUGCUCGUAUGGCCGGUCCAUGGCCGUACGAUCUUGGCUCAGAAGACGAGUGUCCAGCCGCUUGCACGACUUCCUGCACAGGGCUUGUCGUUUGAGCGACCGUCGAGGCACUUCGGUGGUGCUCAGCUCCCUGGGUGCGUUGCACCUGGGCCGUGCGUUGCACCGCUGGAGGCAUCGGUGGAUGGUGCAGGGCCUUCGGGCGCUGGAGCGUCGAGAUAGAGGCUGUCCAACGGUUAAGCUUUGCCGUUGGCAACGAGAUUUCAUGAAGUCACUACUUCAUUGCUGGUUUCGUGCUGUGGGAAGCACUCCUGUGCAAGGUGGCCAGGCAGCUUUGCGGCGCCUAUCUUGGGAGAUACCACUGGCGACUGCCGCCUUCUAUGCCUGGUCUCGAGCUUUGGCCGCAGUCGCUUUGAACCGGAAACAGGCAGACCUGGAUGUCCAGCUUGAAGAGAAUCUGAGGCUCUUGCAGGACUGCCAAGAACUUCCAGCAGAAAUGGCUUUGAGACGAAUGGUCCGAGCUGUUUCCAAAGCCCAAAGUAGGCUCAAGGUGCAUGCGUACUUGGCGCUGCGAGAAAAGGAUGCUAGACAGACCUCAGCCUGUGCCGGGUGGUCUGACUGUUUGAACAGGACCUUUUUAUCUAUCUAA